ACUCCAUUUCGUGUUGAAAGAAACGCCCGAAAGCGCGCGCACGAACCCAUGAUGACGUCAGAACUAUAUAUACCGAGUCCCGCCCUUCCAUAGCAUUCCUGGAUUUGUCUGAGGUGUGACUCGGUCUCAGUGAAGAUCUGGCGUCGAGGAUUUUUCAACCGUGUACGAAGAUCAAACCCCCAAAAAUUCAAUUUUUCUACUCGAGUAACGGACAUUCGCUUACUACUUUUUUUUGCUCCAGAUUGUUCAAGAAGGAAAAGCUCAAUUUCAGCCACUACAAUCCCGCCCAUUAUGCCAUUUUUCAGCCAGUAAUGAUAAAGUCAUGACAGUUUACGUUCUCUUAAACUGUUAAAAAAAGCUGAAAAUUGUUGCUGUUAAGCACAAUAUAUUAAUAGCAACCCGAGACGCAGAGGAGAGGUUUUAAUAGUAAGUGUUCUUUCAAACCAAUUUGAAUCGAAACUGCGUAACAGUUAACCAGUUGUCUGUGUUGAAAAUGAUUCCAGAUAUAAAUAGAGAUUGCAGAUUCCUAGCUGUAUCGAGCCUGGCGAGCUAACUGCGCCACGGUUUCUAGAAGCAGACAGCAUGCUGAGAUAAAGCGAGGAUAGAGUAUGAGCUCACACCGCAAAGACCGAGCAAACGCCCUGCUUCUCUUUGUGUGUGAGACGGAGCAAUCCUAAUGAUUACUACAGAAGCGAUAAAUAAAUCAUCGAAUAAUAAGCUAGUCAUAAGCAAUCUGUACAUAAAGAUUGCCAAAGGGAGAGCAGGAAGUGACUGUAUAUAAUUGGGACUUUUUAUAAACUGCAUUCUUUUCAGAGGAGAGCUCACUGGAACAAUCAACGCAAUCUGCACAUAAAGAUUGCCAAGAGAGGCGCCUGUGGAUUUAGCCGAGCGGGGGGGAAAGACUGAAAAUCAACAUUUUUAUAAUAAUGUUAGGUGUUUUUAGUGUUUAGCGGAACCGGAUACCGUUGAUUUUGGUGAAAUAAACCUACAUAGUCGAUGAUGAUUUAUACAAAUAAAUAGCAGUCUGACUAUAAAGAUUGCAUUUUUUGUUUUUUUGUAUUGUGUGCUUAACGAGUGCGUAACGUUAGGUUAGGAUAUUAUUUGUCUUGUCGACUUUGCUUUAAAAUGGCGGACGGGUUGUGCUUUGCUCUGAUCACUCGAGGCAAUGGUGGCUUUGUUUUUCUGACUGGAUCUACGGGAAAUACUGUAGCUCGGAACGGCUGUCUCGCGUCGCCAUCAUCCCCAUAAACAGCUCGAGGUAUCGUCUUAAUAUCCGUGAGUCGCUAGCGGGGUAAAUGUAGUUUACACUUUGUAAACGGGCGGGGGGAAAUAGCCGUGGUAUUUUUAUUUUUUAAAACUUGUUUGAAUUCAAAGAUGGCGACCGGGCAACCGUUCUGUUGAGUGCAACUCUUAUGCGGAGGCAAGUGGUUAAAGAUAGUGGGCGUGGUUUAUCUCUGACUCCAGCCAAUCAGAGGAGACGCUGUCAGCUGCCAUAUGAGAGGGAGACUUCUACAGAUGGAGGCAAAUCCCCCUGUGGACACUAUUGAGUAGAUGCAUAUUCAUAUUACCGGCCUUUAGUCAGACCAACACUGGAUGCUUUGUGUUGACAAGUUCUAAGGCAAAACCUUUGGGCGAUUAGCUUAAAGAUGUCAGUUGUUUAUGUAACACUGGAUUAAGAAAAAAGUAGAAGUAGGUGACAUGGAUUUGAACAAGAUGUAAUCUAAACUCGUUGUAGGAAGAAUAUUAUUCAGGACUGGGUGAAAUGUGACUUUAAACAAUGUGUUUCUUCACAUCUAAAUUUAAUCAAAAACUUGACAGAUGCAAUAUUAAUCUUUUCUUUCCAGUGAAUGUACAAUCUUGUUUGUUAUGACAACUGUGACGUUUCCAGGAGUUGUGUUGUAUUGUUCCGUGUUUUAGGAGUUCGCUUGUGACUAUAAAAAGUUCUUCAACAACAGUGUUGCGGUAAGCAGCAAUGGCCGUGGGCCCGGUGGACCCCAGAGAGGUGCUGAAAGGAGUUGAAUCUAUGCUGGGGAAAGAUGGAGAGCUACGAAGCCUUGAGGGAGUUGCUAAAGUCUUCAGUCUCAUGAAGGCCUCGCAUAAAAUGGUCAGCAGAUGCAUGUAUCUGAACAUCUUACUGCAGACAAAAUCACAUGAUGUACUUAAUCGUUUCAUUCGAGUUGGAGGCUACAAGUUGCUGAACUCUUGGCUCACCUACUCAAAGACCACCACCAACACCCCCCUGCUGCAGCUCAUACUGCUCACCCUGCAGAAACUCCCCCUGACUGUGGACCACCUCAAACAGAACAACACAGCCAAGCUGGUGAAACAUCUGAGUAAGAGCGGCGAGACAGAAGAGCUGAGGAAGCUGGCGUCAGUGCUGGUGGAGGGCUGGAUGGCUAUUAUCCGCUCUCAGAGCGUCUCCAGUGCAGCAUCACCCAAUGACAAGAAACGGAAAAAGGAGGAUGGAAAAGUGCGUCCAGAGGUGAAGCCCCGAGAAAAGGUAGCAGAUGAGGAGAAGAAGAAAGACAAACCAAAAGCUUAUGCUCCAAGUCACGCAAAGAUCCGUUCUACAGGUUUGGAGGUAGAGAGUCCAGCUCCAGUUCCCGUGAAGAAACCCCCCCCUGCACCCCAACUUGGAGACAAAUACAACAUCAAGCCAGCGGUUCUUAAAAGACCAAACACAUCGCCGAUGGACGCACCACCAGUGGAGAAGAAGUACAAGCCCCUUAACACCACCCCCAACUCUGCCAAAGAGAUCAAAGUCAAACUUAUACCCGCACAGCCGAUGGAAGCCACUGGAUUUUUGGAUGCCCUCAACUCCGCUCCAGUGCCUGGCAUCAAGAUCAAGAAAAAGAAAACAAAAGCAGUUUCCCCUACCUCUAACAAGCCCUGUCCGUUUGACAGCAGGCCGCAGUCAUACUCAGGCACACAGGCCAAACCGUCUUCCCCUGAGACGCCCUCGUCUCAGACACCCCCUCAUGAGAACCCAGACCUGGAGCAGCCCGGCACACCCGUGCCCACCGAGGACCCCGAGGCAAUGGAAACCGGUGAUAAACCCAAUGCUCUGGCUGAACCUCGCGGUGAGGAAGAGAGUCUGACUAAGAAAGGAAAGAAAAAGAAAAGUGUUCGGUGGGCGGAAGAGGAUCAUCUCAAAGAAUACUUCUACUUUGACCUGGAUGAGACUGAGAGAGUGAACGUUAAUAAAAUUAAGGACUUCGGUGAGGCGGCUAAACGGGAGCUGAUGAUGGACAGGCAGACGUUUGAAAUGGCUCGUCGUCAUUCUCACGACACCAUGGAGGAGAGGGUGCCCUGGACUCCUCCGCGACCCUUGACCCUCGUAGGAAGUCUGGUCAUUCCUGGUUCCACCAGCAGAGAGAAGAUGAUCCAGAGAGACCGAGAGAUGGGCAUUCUGCAGGAGAUCUUCCUCACUAAAGAGAGUGUUCCAGACAGUCCUCACGAGCCUGACCCUGAGCCGUAUGAGCCCAUGCCUCCUCGACUCAUCCCACUGGAUGAGGACAGCAGUAUGGAGGAGAGUUACAUGGAGCCCGCUGACGCUGCUGCCUCUGGUGGCUCUAAUGAAGGCUCCAAGCUGCCUCCUGUUUUAGCUAACCUCAUGGGAAGUCUGGGCAACAGCGGCCGCAGCCCUCAGGCGCAAGGCAACACCCCACCAGCCAGUAAUAACCCCGCUGUUAAUGUGCAGGAACUACUCUCAUCUAUUAUGGGUGCUCAGGGAUCGAACCAGUCUCCAGAGGACCUGAUCAAACAGCCUGACUUCUCGGAUAAGAUCAAGCAGCUUUUGGGUUCCCUGCAACAGAACCAGAAUCAGAACCAGAGCCAGAACCAGCCUGCUAAUCCUCCGCCAAUGAACACGGGUCUGCUUGGCCAUGGCCCCGGCAUGAACAUGAACCACAUGAACAACAUGCCGAUGCCCAUGAAUGGGGGUUUCCCUCCAAACAAGCCCCCUGGACCACAUUUUAACCAUCCUCGUCUUCCUCCUCCUCCUCCUCCCCAUGGCCACGGACCACCCUUCAACCCCGGCGGGCCACGCAUGAUGGGUCCUCCGCCCGGUCCACCGGGCCGCGGGGCGGACAACGGCAACUACUGGGGCGACGACUCCAUGAGAGGAGGCCCACACCGGGGAGGACACUUCCACCGGGGCAGAGGGAGAGGAGGAGACCCGGGCUUCAGAGGACGAGGGGGACGCGGAGGACCACGUGGGGGACACAACAACAUGGGUGACAUGUCAAAUAGGUCGGUGUGUCGCCACUUCAUGAUGAAAGGGAAUUGUCGGUAUGAAAACAACUGUGCGUUUUACCACCCCGGUGUUAAUGGACCACCGCUUCCUCCCCAGCACGGACACUAACACACCCGAAAACUGCUGUUCCUUGAACUCACCACUAGUGGGCAACAGGACUCAAAAUGAGCCUCGUGUACAGGAACUGAAAUAGGGCAUGUUUGCGUCUGUGACAGCACAAUCCCACCCGUUUCCUCCGACUGUACAGUUGCUUCAACAGGAUCUGAACAUGAACAGUUUCUUCUCCACUUACACUAAUUUCCCACAUCUGGAAAGCUGUGAGAAGAUCUGAGAUCCUCUGUGAAGAGUCAGACAGUGUCUAAACCUAUUACUUGACUUUUGCGGCCUACAUGUAAAUAGUGAUUCCUGGAGAUGGAGAUUGAUAUGUCUAUUUUUAUUGUGAUUCUGUGUAUUACUAACCUGACUGCUAAAGAUUGUACUACAUAACUGUAACCACUAGGACAAGGUGUAAAUAAUGGUCUUCAGCCAGUGGUGGACAGUGACUUCAGCUUCUCCCGGUGGCCAAAACACAAGAAUUAUAAUGGACACGUCAGUUAUUAGUGCAGUUUGGAUUUGCGUGAUGAAAUGUACACUUCCAAAAGAUGUUAAGAGCACAGAAAUUUUAUUUGAAGAUUCUUCUGGUUGAAUUCAGUCCCUGGGAAGUUGCUGUCCUGUUUGAUGUUUUACUUUCGGGUUUCUAUCGAAGAGGGAGAAACCAUACUUCUAUGAAAUGUGUAGAUGCUGUCAAAUUUACAGAUCUGAAUCACACACGGUCCGUCUUUUUUUCAUUUCAUGAUAUUUAGUGUCAAAAAAUACUCUGGAAAGCACUGAAAAGCAUCCAUGAAUUGGCAUCAUGUUAACUUUAUGCGCCAAAUUGGAAAUACUAUAGGGAUAGAUAGUAUUCAGACCCAUUACCUUUCACAUCUGGGCACAAAAUGCAGCAUUUUUGAAGUCCCGCUUAAUACUUGAAUUGAUACAUUGUGUUGGAAAGUGAUCCUGGCCUGCUAAAGAAAUAUCAACUGUUGUUCUGUGUCGUGUGACAAUCAGGAGAAUUAGUGAUGAUUUCUUAUUUGAUGUUGAUGCUGUGGUUUGAUUUGCUUCGCUGUGAUUUUGAUUUGCUUCGAUGUUCUCGGACCCGUGUGAGUCUGUCCUUCUCUGUCGGUGUUCAGCUGAGCCGAACCUGGGCUACAAACCACUUUCAAGGCCAAACAUAUUCAAGGUGUUUUCUGUGAAAACAGUGGCCAUUGUCUCUUGUGGGACUCGAUUUUCUUUUUCAUUUUUUUUUUUUUUUUUUCAAUUUUUUUGGAUUCACCAUUUUCCCAUGAUUUUAUUUUGAUACAAGUCUGAUGAUUUUUUUCUUUUUCUAUUAUUGGUGAAGAGAUGUCUAUGUGUCAGAGCGCCGCAUAAACCCAAUAAAAGGCACAUUCAGAAAUGUAAGGUGUUUUUCUAAUUGUAAAUGAAUAAACGUUGCGGAAUUCACCAGAAUGUGCUGUCUUCUCAAACUAGCUUUUAUUUUUAGAGCAAGUGUCAAUAUAUAAUGACCACUCUCUCUCUCAGUGCCUGUUUGCAUUGUGUAACCUCUAAAUGCUUCAUUGUUUGAAUGUCAAACAGGGUUACUGAAUUUCCCUCGCCCUCUCAUGGCAGUCCGGUGCGGGUGCGUUUGACUUCCUGUCUGUCAGAUCCGUGUUCUCAGGGCGGAGUCGGGUGCAGAGUGUGUGUGAUGAGGAGUGGCCUGUGCUCCCAGCCCUUCUGGUUAAAUAUUGACUUCGGCUUCGUAGAAUUUCUGCUCGCGUGCAAGGUGCAGGAAGUAUAAAUUAGAGUUAAGGACACCUCAGCAAUUGAUUCAUCCUAUGUAGAAUUCGUUUCAUUUUUACGAGCUUCAGUCUGUCUUCAGCCAUUGUACAGGAAAAUUAUUUGAAAAAAAAAAAAAAAAAAACUACUACUUUGCUGAGCAUAAAAACAUCCAAGCAGUUCUGUGACCGUGAUGCUAAACUAGAAUGCUGUUGUCAAGUAUUGUUUUACAUUCAAAUUAAUCUGUUUGCUAUAUGUUUAUUUCCACAAAAUAAAUGAAUAAAGCAAGGUUUUUAAGA